UUGAUUGAGUUAUAAUAUUAUCGCGUUUAUUAUGAGAGGAGCACCAAGAGGAAGAGGUUUUGACAGAGGCUUUGGAAGAGGCAGAGGUGGCGGCAGAGGCGGCGGCAGAGGCGGUGCCAGAAGCUCAUACGGCCCACCAGCCGUGGUUGUCCAGGUCGGUAAAGUCGACAAAAUCGUAGAAGGCAAGCUUAUUUGCGAUUGCGUUCAUAAAGAUGUCCCAAUUUUAAGGAGAAAAGUAUAUUACCAAAAUAAGAACGAACUCGGAAAUGUUGAAGAUGUGUUUGGAACAACUUCUAAUGUCGGAUUUGUUGUCGAGUUAUCCGCUAACAUCAGUGCUGAUUCUUUCAAACCAGGAGACCUUAUCUAUGGAGACCAAUUUAACAUGCUUUCUCUUGACAGAUUCACUGAAGGAGACAAGAAGAGGGCAGGAAGGCCAACGCAGCUGAACCAGCAAGGCAAAAUGGAUGGAAGACAAGGUUUCAAAGGUGGCCGUGGAGGCAGAGGAGGCUUCAGAGGUGGAUCUAGAGGCGGAUUCAGAGGCGGUAGCAGAGGUGGCCCCAGAGGUGGAUUCAGAGGAGGCUCAAGAGGUGGCUUCAGAGGAAGAUCCUAAAUGACAAUAAAUAAACAUC